AUGAACCACCACUUGCCGGCGAUGCCCAUGGGGCAGCCGCCCAUGCCUCCGUCCCGGCGACAGCAAGAAUUUACUUAUAACCAAGGACCUCCUAAUAUGCGGUCUCAACCAUACAUGGGGUACCCUCCGCACAUGAAUGCGCAUAUGCCACCUGCCUAUUCACCUCAGCAGUUCCCUCCUUGGUAUCCUCCUUAUGGUCAUAUGCAGAUGCCACCGCGGCAUUACCAACCACCUUAUGGCCCGAUGAUUGUAUCCUCUUAUCCUCAAACACAGCCCAUCAUGGCACCCAACCAUCUCCCGCCUCAUGCCUUGCCGAUGCAGCCACGAACAUCAACUCCACUGCAACCAACCAUGUCGCCAUCCAUUCCAGCCCCACCUCCCCUUCAACCAGAAAUUCAUGAUCAUCCUCUUCUUCCAGUGCAACAGCAACCUCAGCAAUAUCCCAUUCCAUCUCCCCCGCCGCGGUGGGAACCCAAAGCUGCCCCAGAACCACAACCCGUAUUUGUUGCGCCGGUCCCUUGGCUUUCAGUUCCCGAAAUUCCAUUCCCCGCAAGGCUCCAAUACAGACGCCGCAGUAACCGCCUGAUGCCAGAAUCAGUUGAGUUUCCUCCGAAAGACGGAGUCUGGAUAAUUGGGGAAAUGAAAGGUCAAGUUGUCAAAGUGCAGCCGCCGCCGUCAGCUGUCGCAGUUGUGUCAUCGGAGCCACAAACUCCCACUUCCAUUCCUCCAUCGGAUGGUGACUCGACUCAACCAACAUCUCCCUCCUCCAGCGCAAGGUCUCAGACCCAGCAAAAGCCCACAAAACCCGCCAUCCCCAUUAUUCCUGUCGUUCCUAAUAUACCAGGAACCCCGCGCCGUCAAGCUAGAGAUGACUCUAGUACUACGUCGGAAACUCCCAAGUCUACGAUUGCUGGGGCUCCCGAGACUGAUGUCGACACAACAUCCGCUAAUGAGGCCGCAGUUAAGCCGACCUCUUCUGUUCGCGCCGCACCCAAAUCGUGGGCAGAUCUUGUCCGCGCGAAAGCGGCCGCACGGCCUUCUGCUGGUGCUGCAACGGCUGUUUCUCCGGAGUCUACCACCAUUGCUCUACAGCAGAACAAGUCUCUAGCAGAUGUCUUGAGCAGCAUGGGGGAGGAUGUCUCCCAAUAUAGCGAUAAAAUUGCUUUCCUUGAGCCGCGAGGACUUGUGAAUACCGGCAAUAUGUGCUAUAUGAAUUCCAUCCUGCAAAUUCUAGUUUCCUGUGUUCCGUUCCACCAGUUCCUGGAUCAUGUGGGCCGACGGGCUGCACACAGCUUUCACAGCGAUAUGCCCUUGAUUGAUGCCAUGAUCAUGUUCAUGAAAGAAUUCCGUGUCAUUGACGCUGCUACUUCUGAAGAGCAGCUGAGACUUCGGCUGAAGCCCAACGAGCUCGAGCAGUAUGGCGAGGCGUUUGUUCCUGAGUUCGUUUACGAGAUGAUUCGACAGCUGCCGCGUUUUAGAGACAUGCAACGUGGCCAUCAGCAAGAUGCGCAAGAAUUCUUGGGCUUCCUUCUUGAAGAAUUGCAUGAGGAAUGUGACCGUGCUGGAAAGCAUGCUGCCAUUUCUCAAACUACCCAGGAAUCUACUGAUCACGCUAUUACCAAUGGAUCAUCAGGCGAUGGGUGGCUAGAAGUUGGUGCCAAGCAAAAGGCCGCUGUUACGCAGUCGUCAGGCGCCAUUACCGCUGAGUCUCCGGUCACAAGAAUUUUUGGAGGCAAACUGCGCUCGGAGUUCAAGGUUCCAGGUAACAAGACUUCUGUUACCAUGGAGCCAUAUCAACCCUUGCAACUUGAUAUCGGCGCGCCCGAGGUCCAUAAUAUCGUGGAUGCUCUCAAGGGAUUGACGAAGCCCGAAAGUAUUCAAGGCGACUUCAACUCAUCUCGUGGUCCUAACGUGACUGCAACCAAGCAAAUAUUUAUCGAGACUCUCCCUCCUGUUCUCAUCUUGCACCUGAAACGUUUCCAGUAUGACAAUUUGACAGGGGCAACGCAGAAGAUUUGGAAAAAGGUCGGUUAUCCACUUGACCUGGAGAUUCCACGGGAGGUUUUCCCGGCCCACCAACGCAAUACUUUGACUGCUCAAGGCGGCUUGCCAAAGUAUCGCCUGAUGGGUGUCAUAUACCACCAUGGCAAGAACGCCAGCGGUGGUCAUUACACCGUCGAUGUCCGGCGACAAGAUGGUCGCGAGUGGAUUCGCAUGGAUGACACUGUCAUUCGCCGGGUCCGGAGUGAGGAUGUGGCUGAAGCUGGCGGCGAAGAAGACCCCAAGGUUCUUGCCGCUGCUCUUGAACAACACAAGCAGGACAAGAACCCUCGCGCCAAUAUUUUCGAUCACAUUGAUCAAGUUGAGCUGGAAUCUGCGGACAACGAGAAGGGUUGGAGCCAGGUGAAUGGAGCAGGCUCUACCGGACACUCAAGCAAAAAAUCAGUCAACGGUGUCGCCCCUUCGUCUGGACCUUCAUCUGGCGUGCGAACCCCACUUGGCAGAUACGGCUCUCGGGACAAUCGCGUCGCCUACUUGCUCUUCUACCAGCGGAUUGUUUAA